ACACGCGCGUCAACAUGUUAACUAAUUUACAUUUUUGUCCACGGAUCUUUUUUUCUUUUUAAGCAACCUUCAGAUUUCAUUCCAUCAUCUUCACCAAACCAUUUAUUCAGACAACAAAAAUAUCUUGCAUUCAUUUUUGUUACUCUCUUAAAAUCUCAUUCUUUGAUUAUCUUCUCUUCCCCUGUAAGUACUCCGAUCUAAUUAUUUGUUCCUAUCAGACAUCCCCCAAUUUCUACGAUCGGAUUUAUUCGUCGAUCAAGAAGCUGGCUAAGUUGUAUUGUUGGUGAUUGUAUAGUUUUUAUUAUUAUUCGAGAGAAUGAACAGUAGAAGCUGUAUCUGUGUCUCUGCGAUGAAACCCUGUUGUAGAUUUCUUAUUAGUUUUAGAAGUUCCUCGCUUUUCGGUUUUUCUCCCCCGAACUCUGGCAAAUUCAUCAAUUCGUCGAAGUUACACUGUACAAAGAUUGAUUCCAGGAGUAUUAGAUCUGGUAUUCAUUGCCGUCGGAUUGUUCUGGAUCGGAAUGCUUUUUGUGAUUCCGAUUCCAUUAGCUGGGGAGGAGGAGGAUCUAGAGUUUUAAGAGCUAGAGGUAGUAGUAGAGGAAGAGGAAGGGGUGUUUUAGUAAUUCCCCAUGUAGCUUCAGAUUUUAGGAACUAUUCGACCUCUUCGUUGGAUUCUCAUGUAAAUGAUAAGAGCUUUGAGAGUAUGUUUGUGAAGCCACUUGUUUUUAAGGAAGUGGAAAAAACUGAAGGGAUACCGAAAAGGGAAAGGGGUAAUGUAGGAGGAGGAAAAGAUGCUAAUUUUGGAAAUGUGGGUGUAAGAAAGGAAACAGAACGGUGUUUGAGUCAGACUGAGGUUGAGAAGGAGGCGUGGAAGCUGCUUCGUGGUGCCGUGGUGAACUACUGUGGGUUCCCUGUGGGGACUGUAGCGGCUAAUGAUCCAGGGGAUACGCAGACUUUGAACUAUGAUCAAGUGUUUAUUCGUGAUUUUGUUCCUUCGGCGUAUGCGUUUAUGCUUGAUGGAGAAGGGGAGAUUGUUAGAAACUUUCUCCUUCAUACAUUGCAGUUGCAGGAGAAAGGCAAGAGUUAGAGAUAUAUCUCCCCUGUUCCAGUUCCAGAGCUGGGAGAAAACAGUGGACUGUCACAGCCCUGGCCCGGGGCUAAUGCCAGCGAGUUUUAAAGUGAAAUCUGCGCCACUUGAGGGAAAUGAUGGUUCAUUUGAGGAGUUUUUAGAUCCAGACUUUGGUGGAUCAGCCAUUGGACGUGUUAGCCCUGUUGACUCUGGUUUGUGGUGGAUCAUAUUGCUGAGAGCUUAUGGAAAGCUCACGGGUGACUACACGUUGCAAGAGAGAAUUGAUGUUCAAACAGGGAUCAAGUUGAUACUCAAGCUUUGUCUAGCCGACGGUUUUGACAUGUUCCCGACUCUACUUGUCACUGACGGAUCAUGUAUGGUUGAUCGAAGAAUGGGGAUUCAUGGGCAUCCACUUGAAAUCCAAGCAUUAUUCUACUCCGCUCUCCGUUGUGCUCGAGAGAUGCUUAUUGUGAAUGAUGGAACCAAGAGCUUAGUUACUGCAGUCAACAAUCGCCUAAGUGCUUUAUCAUUCCAUAUCAGAGAGUACUAUUGGGUGGAUAUUAAGAAAAUCAACGAGAUAUACCGUUACAACACAGAGGAGUAUUCAGCAGAUGCAACAAACAAGUUUAACAUAUAUCCAGAACAGAUCCCUACUUGGCUUGUCGACUGGAUUCCUGAUAAAGGCGGUUACUUCAUAGGAAAUCUCCAGCCUGCUCACAUGGAUUUCAGAUUCUUCACACUUGGAAACCUCUGGGCCGUUAUUUCGUCUUUGGGAAACCAAGAACAGAAUGAAGGAGUCAUGACAUUGAUUGAAGAGAAAUGGGAUGAUCUUGUUGCAAACAUGCCUCUCAAGAUCUGUUUUCCGGCUCUGGAGAAAGAUGAAUGGCGAAUAAUCACCGGAUCUGAUCCAAAGAAUACGCCUUGGUCAUAUCACAAUGGCGGAUCCUGGCCAACUCUCCUCUGGCAGUUCACAUUGGCUUGUAUUAAGAUGGGAAAGCUAGAACUGGCGAAGAAAGCAGUUGCUGUAGCAGAAAAAAGGCUAAAGGAAGAUGAGUGGCCUGAGUAUUAUGACACGAAAAGCGGAAGGUUUGUGGGGAAACAAUCAAGGCUUUACCAGACUUGGACCAUAGCGGGUUUCUUGGCAGCUAAGAAACUAAUAGAGCAACCUGAGAAAGCAUCACUCUUGUUCUGGGAAGAGGACUAUCAGCUGCUCGAGACUUGUGUCUGUGGCCUCAGUAAAAGCAGCGGAAGGAAGAACAAGUGUUCGCGUUUCACACCUCCAAGAUCUUAGUUUCCUGAAACUUAAUAAACUCACGAACCAAAGUCCAUAUUUAAUCAUAUUUUGCUUCUGACGUUUAGCAAAACAUCCUUGCUAAUUAGGACGAUGAAUCAGUUUCAAACUUAACGUAUUUUUAAUUUGAAAAAAGGAAUAUAUAUGUUUAUGUUUGCCUUUUCCUUCUUGUCGGAUUACUUUUAAAUCUCAAUGAUGUGGAUAUAAAUAAAACCAGAUUCAGUAAUCUGAAGUAAAUAGGAUUUGUUUAUAGAUUUGUUUUUCAGUUUGACAAUUGGAUACGCUAGACAUUAUUGGUCAAAUCAAAAAUGGAUAUUUGAAGGAAAAGGAAAUUAAUGUAGAUGUCGUACUACCUUUUUC